CCCUCUCUCUUUCUGCCCCUUUCCCCCAACCAUGGACUACAUCUUCCGUAAGAGGAAACUCCUCAAGACGCUGCUGAGCCUCUCGCUGCUCUUUGCCGCUCUGGCCCUGCUCCAGAAGCUCAAACUGGGGGACGGGGUGAGCCCAGCCCUGGGGCCCCGGGGGCAGGCGGCCGGCGGAAGAGGCGGGAGGCAGCUGGAGGCGGCGGGCUGGCUGGAAGCCGAGAGCAGCUUCUAUCGGAGCGCGGCUAACGGUAAUGGCAGCGUCGGAGCUCCGGCCUCGGAGGAGACGGCGGCGGCGGCGGGCCCGGGGGGAGCCGGAGGCUCGGCUAACCUCAGCAGCCCGGCCCCGGCCUGGGAGGUGACGGUGACCAAGUGCAGCCCGAACGGCUCGGUGCGGAGCCUGGCCUGGUUCUCGGGGCUGGACAGCCGCUUCCAGCAGUACGUCCUGUACCGGCACUGCCGCUACUUCCCGCUGCUGCUCAACCACCCGGAAAAAUGCUCGGGGCCCGGCCCGCCUCACCUGCUCAUCGUCGUCAAGUCGGUCGUCGAGCAGCACGACCGGCGGGCGGCCGUCAGGAAAACCUGGGGCCGCGAGCGCAUCCUGGGCGGCCGCAGCAUCAGGACCGUUUUCCUGCUGGGCACGCCGGCCGCCGGCAAGGACCGGAGGAACCUGCAGAAGCUUCUGGAAUUCGAGGACCGACUCUUCGGCGACAUCCUGCAGUGGGACUUCAUGGACACUUUCUUCAACCUGACCCUCAAGGAGGUGAAUUUCCUCAAGUGGUUCGACAUUUACUGCCGCCGGACCCAGUUCAUCUUCAAGGGCGACGACGACGUCUUCGUCAACACGGAGAACCUUCUGGAAUUCCUCUCCUCGCAGAGCGAGGGGCCGCGGCGCGAUAGCCUCUUCGUGGGCGACAUCAUCUCGCGGGCGCUGCCCAUCCGCAACCACCAGAGCAAGUACUUCAUCCCCAAGCAGCUGCACGACCAGCCGUACCCGCCCUACGCCGGCGGCGGCGGCUUCCUCAUGGCCUCGGCCCUGGCCCGCCGGCUGCUGGCCGCCUCCGAGGACAUCCAGCUCUACCCCAUCGACGACGUCUACCUGGGCAUGUGCCUGCAGAAGGUGGGUGUCGAGCCGCAGUUGCACUAUGCCUUCAGGACGUUUGGUAUAGUAAAGCGCCGGGUCAGCCCCAUGAACAGCGACCCUUGCUUCUACAAAAACCUGGUGGUCAUCCACAAGCUCAGCCCCGAGGGGCUGCUCCAGAUGUGGGACACUGUCCACAACACUACUCUCAUUUGUGCCAAGAAAUUUUUCGUCAAUUUAAACGAGUAAUCCUCCCCCAACCGCUAAAAUCAAUUGUGUCUUAUGAAAUCCAGACUGUUUUGUCAAAAAAAUAAAAAUAAUUUGUAUGGAAUUUUUUGUUUGGUAAAAGUUAACUUUGAUACUAGAAAUGGUUUGACAAUGUUGCCAAAAUUAUCAAAUUGAACAUGUACAUUGAAACAUAACUAAUAAAAAAUCUAAAAGUGA